GCAGUCACUUAAAUGCUCUCCAUCUCUUUGCUUUUGAAAUCUUUUCCUGUACGUACGUAUCUAUAAAAGCGACACUCCAUUUUCUGCAUCUUGUAAACUGGCUCUACCAACAAUGGAAGCCUUUACUUUACUCAAAUUCCGCCGCGGCGGCAGCGGUACCGGUACUAGUUUCUUCACUGGCAACUUGACUUCCAAACCAAGAACAGCCACCACUUCCUCCUCCGCCACCGCCUUGAAGCCACCUUCUGCAGAUACUGACGACGCCGCCGAUGAUGAUGGACCAUACUUUGACCUGGAAUUCACCCUCCCAGAUGAGGAAGAAGAAGAAGCUAAAAUCCAAGACAAUGAAGAUGAAUCUGAAGAAUCAGAGGAUGAAAAUGAUGAUCAAGAAGGAGAGUUGAAGUUUGAGCUCAGUAAGGAUCUUGAGCGAAUUUUAUCUCCAUCUGAUGAGCUCUUCUUCAAAGGCCAUUUGCUUCCCAUUGAGCCUUCAAGCAUUUUGUUGAAUUCUCCCGAAAAUAACUCGAAAUUCCCUGCGGCUUUAGUAAAAUCAGCCACGAAGUUUCGUGUUCUUCUUUUGAAGCUCAAGAAAUCAAAAUCAGAGAAAAAUGAGGCUAAUGGGCAGCCAAAAACUCAAGAAAAUGGUAAAGAAAAUCAGGCUAAAAUACAAGGUAACAAGUUUUUCUUCGUGAAGUUUAAGGUCGAAGAAGUCCCACUUGUCUCUUUGUUCAGCAGAGAUAGCAGCUCAAAGGGUAAUAACAAUGACGGAGUGCAGAAAAAUGAAGUGGAGGACAAGGACUCCAAUGAGAAAAAAUUAACCAAAGAGACAGUACAGAAGUAUCUGAAAAAGGUGAAGCCUUUGUAUAUUCGCGUUUCAAAGCGUUAUGGAGAGAAAUUAAAGAUUGCUGGUCAUUUAAGCUUCCCCGGAGGAGAAACCAAGGGUGAUGCAGCACCAACGCCGCCGUGUGCGGCGGCAGAGAAAGGAGAAGGGGCAGCAUUGAGCAAUGUGAAAAGCCAGAAACCAGGGAAUAAUCUGCAAGCAGGGCUUAAAGUUGUACUUAAACACUUGGGGAAAAACCGGUCUGAGUCGUCGUCGGCGCCGGCACCCGUACCGGCUCCGGCGCAGGAUCCACUGGCGAAUAUGUCGUCAAGUCGGCGAGAUGACUCGCUUUUGCAGCAGCAUGAUGGGAUUCAAGGUGCCAUUUUACAUUGCAAGCGAUCAUUCAAUGCCUCCAGAGAAGUGGAACCGUUCGUUUUACCACGUUCAACUAGCGAUCCAUCACAUGAAAAGUCAGUAAAUUUGUCUGCAGAUUCAGAGGAAGCCAAGAAGAAGUGCCAGCCAGUAUGGUAAAUAAAUAUCAGUGUAGGUCAAAGUCAAACCACUACUAGUAGUAUGUAGAAGGGUAAUGUAUCGUCUGGCUUUUAUUUUGACUCAUUCAAACUUUGGAAAUACCGAGAAAUGAGUCUGCUUUUUAUAUGUAUGUAGCCACAUCAAUUUACCAGUUUAUUAAAGUUAAUAUUAAGGUAUAA